AUGGCCCCCAUCUACGUCAAGGGGGGUGUGUGGACCAAUGUGGAGGAUGCAAUCUUGAAGGCUGCCAUUUCCAAGUACGGGCUCAACCAGUGGGCCCGUGUGAGCUCGUUGUUGGAGAAGAAGACUGCCAAACAGUGCAAGAUGCGAUGGCAGGAGUGGCUGGACCCCCGGAUCCGCAAGAUCGAGUGGACCGUGGAGGAGGACCGCAAGCUGUUGGAGCUUGCGCGGUUGCGGCCAAACCAGUGGAACAGUGUCAGUAUGUUGAUGAACCGGACCGCGAACCAGUGCAUCGAACGGUACCAGCAGCUUUUGGACGACAAUCUGGACGAUUCCGAUCUGAAACUCACGGGCAACAUGAAGGAGGCGGCGCAGGGCGUGAACAGCUUGAACCUGAACCCGGAGUCGAAGCCUGCUCGGCCGGAUUUGGAGGAAAUGGACGACGACGAGCGCGAGAUGUGGAGCGAGGCCCGUGCGAGACUGGCCAACACAAAGGGCAAGAAGGCGAAGCGGAAGGCGCGUGAACGGAUGGUUGCCGAGAGCAGGCGUGUGGCAUUGAUCCAGAAACGCAGAGAGCUCAAGCAGGCGGGAAUCAACUCGCGGUUCAGAACAAAGAAGAAGUUUGCUACGCAGAUGGACUACAACAGCGACGUUGCGUUUGCACGAGUUCCGGAGGAGGGUCGGUUCGACACUCACGACGAAGACGUCCAGAACCACCAAGCACGGCUGGAGUUUGACAGCAAGGCAGAGCGCAACCAGCUGCCUAACCAGGAGUUUGAGAAGCAGGAGAGAAAGCGCAGACGGCAGGAACAGGAGCAAGCCACGACGUUUGAGGGCGCUGCGCAAACGUACGACGACGAGCUCGAGUUCAAGAAACGGCGGAUGCAAUUGAGUGCGCCCGACGGCGCAGACGAUCUGGCAGAUGUGGAUCUGGACGGAGAGAUCAAGUCUGCUGCCAAGGACCUACACCGAUCGACGCACGAACGGUCUGUUCUUUUCACGAAGGGGGCGGAAAACGAGUCUGAGGACGACGAGGACUCGUUGCCGCGGGUGUCAUUGCGUUCGAAGCUUGCUAAUCUGCCCGCGCCGCUCAAUGAUUUCGAGAUUGACGAGAGUGAGGCCGAGGAAGGGGUAGCCGACCUGCAUGAAGGGCCCCGGAUCGACGCGUCGGUGCGGCCGCGGGUGGCCGUUUUGGGAGGACGCGAGCAAGUUGCCUGUCGGGGACUUCCUGUUCCGGACAAGGCUGGGGAAAUUGUGGGACUGGCCACGGGCCGUUCAGGGGUCGCGAAGCUUGUUUUGGAGGAGCUUGCGCGGGUGAUUAGUGGCGAUGUGGGCGAGAUAGACAACGAGGAUAGUGUUCAGGCUGCGAUUGAGGCCGAAUUGGAGCAUAUGGACUACAAUGUCUACAAACAAGCGGUGGAGACGCCGGCGGCGAUCGACGUGGACGAGCAGAUCAGCCAGAUAGGCGCCGAGCUCGACCAAAUAAGCAAGAAGACCCACGGACUUGAGAAGAAGUUCGCCGUGUUCACAAACGGAUACGUGCGGAACCAGGCCGGUUUGCUGGGCGCAAUUGGCACCAAGGCGGCCGAAUUGACCGACCUGGACCGCGAGGUGUACGUGUACAACGAGAUCCAGGUGUUGGAAAACCAGGCCAUAAAUACAAGGUCCCAGGUUCUCCAGGAAAACCUCGGCCGACUUACUGAGGCGGUCGACAAUGCAGAAAAGCGGCUUUUGUAA